GCGACGCGGCCUAGCGCCUCGGUGGCGUCAGUCAGGCCUGGGAUUGUUGGUACAAAAUUACUGGUGCAAAAAGGGGCUUUGUUACUUCAAGACUAUUAGUGGCAGGGCGGGCAGGACAUGCAGUAAUCUUUCGUCGUGUACACUCGCUUUUUUUUUUGGGGGGUGGGGGGGUGGGCCAACCGGUCGGAGCCGCAGACCAUGCCUUUCCUCAGGCCUCGCACCAACCCGCAGACCCUGUGGAGGGAGUGGGACCGAAAGGCGCAGAAGAACGGCCUCAAACGCACCGUCUACUCGGUCAACGGCGACGAGUACACGGGGGAAUGGCGGGACAACAAGAAACACGGAAAGGGAACCCAAAUCUGGAAAGUUAAUGGAGCCAGAUACGAUGGCGAUUGGGAGAAUGGGAAGAGAAAUGGCUUUGGAACAUACAGUAUUCCAGAUCCAGCAACCGGGGAAUACAAAAAAGUAUAUUCAGGAGAAUGGAAACAUGGGAAGAGACAGGGUUUUGGAACAAACUUCAGUUCGGAUGAAGAACUUUUCGAGGGCUACUGGUUCAAUGGGAAGAAAAGUGGUUGGGGGAGGAUGUAUUUCACAGACUGCAGUGUGUACGAAGGAGAGUGGCUCAAUGACAAGCCCAACGGUUAUGGGAUGCUUCGCCUACCCAACGAAAACCGCUACGAAGGUUCCUGGAAAGAUGGGAAGAAGCACGGACAAGGGAAGUUUUUUUACUUCGAGAAAGGCCAAUUCUACAGUGGUGUGUGGAACGAGGACAUUGCAAAGUGUGGAACAAUGAUCGACUUUGGUCGAGAAAAUGCUCUUCAACCAACCUCCUUUCCUAUACCACAGCUCCAAAUGGUGGAUGCCUCUGCAGUUUUAGAGGAAGCUAAGUCAAUGUUUCUGGAGGUGGAAGACGAGAACGUCUAAGAGAUUUCGCCUUUCCAAGUUCGAUCAAUCCUACAUGGUAACCAUGGAAAAAUAAGUGUGUCCACAAGUGAGGCCCAUCAUCAGACUUUCCUGCAUUAAGCACCUGAUUUUUUUUGGUGUGCUCUUACCACGUGUGAAUCAAUCCAAAAACUGAUCUCUCAAAUGAUUGUGCCAAAGACUUCUCUGAUUUGGGCAAUGGAACAUUUGUAUAAAUCAUUUAUUUAAUAAGGGUUUAUAGUAUGAUGUGCAGCAUAUAAAUUGCAUUCCUGGAUGACACAAAUGUAGUUCUAAUUAAUUUACAAAGAGUGCUGGGCCGACCUUUCUAAGUGGCUGGUGGGUCGUGAAGGCUGAUGAGUGAAUGACUGAUCACUCCUAAAUUGUAAUUUUUAUUUGGUCAGCUGGGUGUGACACAUACGGAAA